AGCAGGGAGAAAGGAGACAUGAAGACGAUCCAGUUUGUGCCUGUCACACUGUGAGAGAAGGUUUGUUGUUCUAUUCAUUAGAGUUGUGUAUUUAUCAAACAUACACAUUACAUCUGGAGACAUAUCCUUCCCUUUAGUUUAUAUCAUUUGAAGUAAUGGCUGUGCAAAUGCCACUUAAUGGACUUCUGAUUGCGCACAGACUGGUGCGUAUUUGCGCAUCCAGCCAAGCGCAUCACAGGCACAGACACAUUCUCCUGAGACUCACUCAGAGUAAAAAGGAGAUCAGGACUUUUGCUACUAGUUGUAUGAAAUGUAACGAGAAUGACAAAGACAGUUCAGACCCGCCACCUUUAAAAACCGAGCUGACAUCCACACAAGCACUGCUGUCCAGGAGGAGGAGACCCCUGUCCCCACUGGAGAGGAUCAGUCACCUGCUGCCCCAGGAUGCCUUGACCCCCGAGGUGAUGCAGCUGAGAGAGCAGAACCAGCAAGAACAAAAUGAGCAUGCAUCAGUCACAGAAUCUGCAGAAGAAGUAAUCCAUACAGAUUCUUCUACACAUCAUGUAUCUGAAACUCAGUUAAAUGAUGAAGUGCACCCUGAGGAGAACAUGUGGACACCGCCCACUCUUCCAGGGGAGAGCUUGAUUGGGUUUGGGGAGUUGCUGCUGGGUGAGCAUCGUAAAAAAGGACGGGUGGAGUUCAGGAAGAUGUUCCAGCUUGUGAAGGGAGUGCGCCUGCAGAGCCAGUGGGGGAUCAUCCUGCACGACGACAUAGCCGGGCAGCUCGCAGGCCAAUCCAUGAAGACCAGCAGAGGCUCUGCCAUCUUCAUACGACGGCCCAGUCUGGAUGAAUACGUGCUGUAUAUGAGGAGAGGCCCGGCCAUCGCCUACCCUAAGGAUGCAGCUACUAUGAUGAUGAUGAUGGACAUCACAGAGGGAGACUGCGUGCUGGAGUCUGGCUCCGGAUCAGGAGCCAUGUCUCUGUUCCUGUCCCGAGCAGUGGGCUCCAAGGGCAGCGUGCUGAGCGUGGAGAUCAGGGAGGAUCAUUACAAGAGAGCCGUGCUGAACUACAACCGCUGGAGGACGUCGUGGAGCGUGCGGCGAGGGGAGGAGUGGCCCGACAACGUCCGGUUUCACAACGCCGACCUCUGCACGGCUUCCUCUCUCCUCGCCGGUCGGGGCUUCAAUUCAGUUGCUCUUGACCUGAUAAACCCACAUCUGGUUUUACCCACUAUCAUUCCACAUCUGCACUCCGGAGCUGUGUGUACCGUUUACCUCGCCAAUAUAACACAGGUCAUCGACCUGUUGGAAGGGGUCAGAUGUCUGGCGCUCCCUUUGCUGUGUGAACGCAUCAUCGAGGUCCCGGUCCGGGAUUGGCUGGUGGCUCCGGCCCUCCAGAAAGACGGGCGGCACUGCAUCAGGAAAGCUCCCGUCCUGGAUGAAGAACAGAGAGAGGAGAAUGCGACAUCAGAGGAGGAUGAAGCAGAGGUGACCACAGAGGGAAGCCCAGCCUUUGGGAGCAUUCCAUACAUCGCCAGACCUCAUCCUGAACAGAUGUGCCACACAGCAUUCCUGGUGAAACUGAGGAAGUGUGUGCAGUAGCUGCUCCACCUGUGAGGAACCAAAGAACAGAUGAUCGAUUCAUCCUUUAACACGUGCACUAAAUUAUCUCUUUGCUGUAAAUAAUUUCAUAAAUAGUGAAAAUGUACUGAUAUGUAUUUUUAACGUGUUUCAAAUCUAUCAUGUAAAUGUCAAGACAGA